AUGGACGGCGGGACAAAAGCUCAGGAGGCGCCUCGGGCGGCGCGUGAAGGCCCAGCCUUGCUGAUGACAUCAGCCAGCAUUGCGAUGCGCAGCUCCCCUGGACAAGGGGAUGCUUUUAGAUUAGGGCAUCUGGCAGGAAAGCUCUCGCUGGAUCCAUCUGCUCGCUACGGCGGCAGCCAAAGCAGCAGAACGAGCACUGCAGAGUCGAACGCGAGCCACGUCUCGCCUUCCAGCACUACAUCCAGCCUUGAUGCAGCUCUGGAAGAGUUAGAGGAGCUGGAGGCCAGCAUAGAGGCGGUGAGCGAUGAGGUCUACAAAUGGAGGCCGGAUCGAUUCCAAAUGCAGCGCACCCUGCAAAUGGCGGCAAGGAAUCAAGGCGCUGUGAAUCUCAUGAAAUGCCUAGAGGACGGCCAGUUCGUUGCUGUGAAGACCAUGCCGUGUUCCUGGACCACAAACGGCCACAGACAGCAUAGAAGAGCUCACCCCAGAGAUACCGAGAAUCCUUGGGUAGACUUUGGCAUUGUGAGGUAUCUGGCAAAGAAAUCCGUCCCCUGGGUGUGCGAGCCCAUGGGUAUUUUCAUGGACAGUGAGUGGACCUACUGUGUGUCUAGUCUGGCCACCGAAGGGGACUUCUUCAACUUCGUGUCCAUCGGCCCGGAGCCUGGCCCCGCGCGCGAGAAGGCGCUACAACCAUUCAUGGUUCAGGUCUUUUCCGCUGUGCGGUGGCUACACGAUCGCUUUAUUGCCCACUGUGACAUCUCGAUGGAGAACAUUUUGGUAUCUCGGGAGAGAGGACAGUAUCAGGUGAAGCUGAUCGACUUCAGCAUGGCCGUCAUGGGUCAGAAAGUGACCUGCGGCCAUCGAGGGAAGCCGUCCUACCAGGCUCCAGAGAUGGCUUUGUCGCCCUUCUACGACCCUUUUGCCCUCGAUUGCUUCGCGCUCGGCGUUGUGAUCUUCUCGAGCACUGCCCGGGUGUAUCCUUGGCUCUCCACGGUGCAGGGCUCUUGCAAAUGCUUCGACUAUGUUGUACAGCAUGGGCACCGGAAGUUCUGGAGAACACGGAAGAUCAAGAAGACAGUUCCAGUACAGACCAUCGACACCGUCCUGAGCGAGGAGCUGAAGCAGAUCAUCGAGGGGAUGUUAGCCCUGAAUGCCUGCGACAGGCUCUCAAUUGAAGAGGUCUUCAACUUCGGCUGGUUCCACGGCGAUGGUGCGGUUUCGCUCACGGCCUUUGGCUCUGACCAAAAGGCGUCUUUUCAGCCGUGA